AUGUCCGAGGACCCUCGAUACAGCGAGGUUCCCGACAUGCCUAAUGGCACGUCCUCGGACAAUGACCACUACCUCGAGGCCGCUAGAAAGCGACUGAAGACCAGCUUACAAACCACCGAUGAGAUUGUAGAAUCGCCAUUCGACGCCGAGAUCCGUCGCAUGACCCAGCAAUUGGAGGAUCUGAAGAAACAACGCUUGAUCGCAGAACUUCAGGAGAAAAUCCUAGCGGAGCAGCAGGCAAUCGAAGCCACUCGCCAGCGGUUGAGCCUUGCCACCGCGACCGCCUCCAUCUCGCCGCAGAAUAGCCCAGCUCCCCUGCUUGCCCACUCAUCGGUGCCAAGCCCACGUCCGGCCUCGUCUGCACCUCACACGCCGCAGCAUCAGCCUGUGGUGCGACCACCUGCUUCUGCACCUCGGGCGUCUCCGACCCUUAACGCCUCUUUUAUCAAUGCGACUGCAGUAGUCGCAACACAGCCACGUCCAGCAGCCCCUGCUGUUCAGCAACUUGAGACGCUGAAACGCCCGGCCCAGGCCCCGGCCCCGGCCCCAGCCCCAGCAUCAACACCAGCAUCAGCACCAGCAUCAGCACCAGCCGCGGUUUCUGUAGCGCCUGUUAAGCCUCUGCAAAUUUCCAGUGUGCAGAACGCCUCCAAUCCUACCACCCCCGUUAAGAAGCCUACGUCUUUUGUGACCAAUGGCACCUUAACUCCAACAAACCUUUCGACCCAGGUCAACUCCGCUUCCACAACUCACGCGCAGCAGCAGCAGCAAGGCCAUCUUCAGUGGUAUGAACGCCCGCGAACACCGGGAGCUCCCAAUGAAUCUAGCCAGGACAAGAUACCUGAAUACACUGGAGAGACACGGGACAAUUAUGCCAACUUCAUUACCGCUCUCGAGGCGCACUUUGCCAAGGCGCCAACCUAUUAUACCAAAGAACGCGACUACCGGCGAGUCAAGCUCGCUCUUGAACAUGUGUCUCCCGCUGAACGGGAGCGCUGGUAUGCGUCACCUGAUCGGACCGCGACGUGGUACGGCUUCCGCGCAUUCUUGGUCAAGGAUGCGGUGAGGAAACUGAAGGCUGCCGAACAAGCUCGAAGCGCCAGAAAGAGUGUAUCCGCACCUCCGGCGCCUACCCCAGCGGCUGAGCCUCCCCAAACUGUCGUUGGCACAACGACUCAGUCAUCUGGAGUGCAGCAGGCACAGCCGCUGGUAGCCAGUAUUCAGCCGAUCAUCCCUUCACAGCCCGCUCCAGUGACCCAGCCAACUACCCCAGCUGUUGCAUCGCCCGCUACGAAUGCCGGUCCGAUGGCACCGCCCUCAUUCAGGUUCCCGCCUUCGUCUGCCAAGCCAGUCGCACAAGCACAAGAUAACGAGCCCAAGACCCCAACCCCGACCACACCUGUCCGAAUCAAGGUCGAGACGGCCGCGUAUGCCCGGUACCGGAACGGCCAGCAAGAACCCGGUGAGACCGUCAGCUCGUUCUCGGCAUGGCUCCAACGCUUGCUCCCUGAUAUCGAUGUGGAGCUCAGCCUUGAAGAUCGCAUGAGUUUCUUGAAGAGGGGGUGGUAUCGGCGCUAUCUACAGGAUAUUGAAGACACACUUCCGCAGCGUCAAGCGGAGAUGAAAGAACUGUCCUCCUCUUACAAAAAAGAAAGUGAGCGAAGUUCAUCUUAUAGAUCUGGAAUAUCUAGUGAACAGCCCAGACGACGCUCACCCAGCGUUUCACGAGGGCGAACCCCAGAGAGAGAUGUAAGCCAUCGCUCCUCGAGAGGCUUCUCACGAGCUCCCUCGGUUCGUAAAUCUUCAAUUGCGCGCCCUUCGGCAUCGAGUCGGGGCCCAUCGCCGCCCCCGCCCAACAUCCAAAUCACGGCCGCCAACAGCUUCUUCGCUUGUCGACAAUUCAUCUCCGGUAUGGAAAAACACUUUCACAAUCACCGCGGAUACUUUAUCGACGACUCGAAGAAGGUUUCUUACGCCGAGCGAUUCCUGGCUCCUGUCGUGUCGGACACAUACCGCUUUUUUAGUAGCCGACACGCCCGUCCAAUCACGUGGUUCGAUUUCUGCGUCUUCUUGCUAAAUCAUUCCUCAUCGUCUCAUCGAGCUCUCGAUGCAAUUAUGAAGUACAAUAACUCCUAUCAACGGGCCAAUCAGUCUAUCCGGGACUUUGCUUUGUGGAUCCAACAAUAUGCACCGCAUUAUCAAAAGGGCGACAAGGAUGACCGAAAACAUCUACUGGAACACUCCCGGCAAGAGCUGCGGAUGGUGGCACGCCAGGAUUAUGAAAAGUAUCCCACCCUCGCUUCCUACGUGGAUUAUCUGGAGCAAGUUGAAAGGAGUUCUCUCCUUACUCAGAAAGAUAUCGGCACGGCUAAUGUGAUCUUACCCAUCUCCUCGCGACGAGCCCGGUAG